UGGAAAUCAGAGAUGGCGGGCGCCUCCGACCCCCUGGAAGAUAUGUUCUUUUCCGAGGUGGAUGAGAAGGCUGUAAGCGACUUGGUGGGCUCGCUGGAGUCACAGCUGGCCGGCCAGAGCAAUUCGGCGGGCAAAAUCGAAGAGAGCCGAGAUGCUGGCUCAGUUGCCCCCGCUAACCAUCACUUGGGGAAAACGUUACCAGCUCCGGCGGGCUCCACAACACUGGAUCAACAACAACAAGGGCGCCGUAAUAAACCCGACAUGCGCCAGGAAUUAAACUGCACGGACGUUAGCGCGGAUAAAACUGUCACAUCGCUUUCCCAGGGCUGCACCCCUUCCUCCUGUGAGCCCUCCGACGCCGUCGCCGCUGCCAGCAAUAGCGACUCUCAAUCACAUGGAGCAUCCAUCACAACACUGCCCGUGUCCGGCGUGUCAACUUCCCCGCCGGCCAGUAGCAUCAGCACCGCCGCCACCUCCGGCCGCCCCAUGAAUGCUUCUCCGGACUCAGGUGAGCCAUACGCGGACGCUUCGAAACGACGCCUCGCCACUCCGCGACGGAGCGCCUCGGCUCGGAUUAAGAGUUUGAACGGUGCCGCUGCCGUUACCACCCGAGGGAACAGCAGCGGCAGCAGCCCCGUGGCGGGAGAAGACGACGCCGGCGGCAGCCCCGCGGACCCCCGGCCGGCGAGCACCGCAGCCAUCAACACGUCGACGUUCACCCGCGCCAAAGCCAGCCUGCCUGCGGGUCAGUCGGCCAUUGCCUUGGACCGGGGCACCCCCACCAUCGCCUUGCACAGACUUCCCAGUCACAUCGUGGCCAGCAUCGCCCAGAACGGGACCAGCGUGUCGGCGUUGGGCCAGCAGGGUGCUCAGACAUCUCCUGUCACCUCGCCCCCAUCCUCCUCCUCCUCGCCACCUGCACAGGAGAACCACACUAAAGUCGCCCCGGAGCCUGCAGGGGCUCCCAGCGGAUGUCAGUCCAAAAUUGUCACCACGAGCUCUGUCAUAAACAUUGUUAGCUCCAAUGCCGUGACAACAACACCCACCACCACCACUACCACCAACACAGUAACUCAACCUUUAACCACCACCGCUACUAUGACCACCACAACUACCAUAGCAGCCGCCUCAGUGACAACAGGCAGUGUUGGUGGCCAGACCAUAUCGGUGACCAGUACUAUAAGCACGGUCCGGCCCAUCACCUCCAUCCCCGCCACCCCUGCCAUCCUUGCUGCUCCAGCCGCAGCCUCGCCAACCACGCUGACCCAGACCCGGCCCGGUCUGGCCACGCCUCAAAGGAUCGUAGCGCCGCAGCUGAUUGUCAGACCGCCCCAGCAGCAGACCACCAUCCAGCUGCCCCCUGGGUUCACCAUCCCGUCUGGCAUGGUGCUGGUACGGACCGAGCUGGGCCAGCUGGUGUUGGUUCCUCAGCAGGCUUUAGCACAAGCUCAAGCUCAGGCACAGGCUCAGGCACAGGCUCAGGCACAGUCUCAGGGUCAGGCCCAGGCCCAGAAUAACAUCUCGCCGCGGCCAGCCACUCCCACCACGGGGGCGUCCUUCAGAGUCACCACUCCGCAGUCUCCAGCGACCUCUCAGACCACUAGGCAGUGUGCUCUGACCCCGGCCAAGGUGGUGCCAUCUCCCUCUCCUGCUCCUUCCAGCCCUGCCCUCCAGACCACCUCCUCUUCCUCUUCUUCUUCUCCUUCUUGUUCAUCUUCUUCCUUCGCUACCUCCUGUCCCGCACUCCGCCCAAAGGGCCCCGUGCUGCCGGCCGUGGCGGUGACAGCUCCGCAGCAGACCCCGGUGGUUCCAGCCCACCAGGCGCCUCCAGCCCAGCCCCCCCCCCAGCCCCUCCAGACGACAGGCAUUGGUGCGGCUCCUGGAGCUCCUGUCGUGUCCCAGGAAAUGCAGGAGAACGUGAAGAAGUGUAAAAACUUCCUCGCCACACUCAUCAAGCUGGCGUCGCACAAUUCCCCGUUGCCCGAGACAUCCAAGAAUGUCAAAGCUCUUGUGCAGGACCUGCUGGAUGCCAAGAUCGAGCCAGAAGAGUUCACCAGCCGGCUGCAGACGGAGCUCAAGUCAUCGCCGCAGCCUUACCUGGUGCCAUUUCUUAAGAAGAGCCUCCCGGCCCUGCGGCUGUCUUUGCUAAACAGUCAGCAGUCCCUGAUUCAGCCGCCACAGCAGGGCGUUAAACCAGCGGUACCCCUUGCGAGCGGGCCAGCUGUCCACAUACGCCACCCGAACAGUGUCGGCGCCACCACGGGUGCCAGCGCGCUGCCCACCGGGACGCUGGGCCAUGCAGCUGCUGCGGGUUUGAAGACUACAGGCCCUGUGGGUGGACAAGUCCGAAUGCCGGUGAUGAUCACGCAGUCCAUGAGAGCUCAAGGUACGAUGGGAAAGGUGGGCACCUUCCAAGCAGGUAGGAGUCCGGUGGGCUUGGCUGUCCAGAUCUCUGGCAAUCAAAAAAACAAGCUCAACGACCCGGGAGGAGGCUCUUUCAGGGACGAUGAUGACAUCAACGACGUGGCCUCCAUGGCGGGUGUCAACCUGAACGAGGAGAGCGCCCGCAUACUCGCCACCAACUCGGAGCUGGUCGGCACGCAGAUCCGCUCGUGCAAGGAUGAAGCCUUCCUGCAUCCUGGGCUGCUCCACCGACGCAUCCUGGAGACAGCCAAGAAGUUUGGGAUCACGGACGUUCCCAUGGAGGUUGUGACAUUCAUCUCCCACGCUGCACAGUCACGACUCCGCACCGUCGUCGAGAAGGUUUCGACCAUCGCACAGCACAGACUGGACUCCUGCAAGGAUGAUGAGUGCUACGAACAAUCGGCAGACGUGCGCUCUCAGCUGCGGUUCUUCGAGCAACUGGAGAGGAUGGAGAAGGCGAGGAAAGACGAGCAGGAGAGAGAGAUCCUCUUGAAAGCCGCCAAGAGCCGCUCCAGGCAAGAGGACCCAGAGCAAGCUCGACUGAAACAGAAAGCCAAGGAGAUGCAGCAACAGGAACUUGCCCAGAUGAGGCAGCGGGACGCUAACCUCACAGCACUAGCGGCAAUCGGACCACGCAAAAAACGUAAGGUGGACUCGCCGGGGGCCACCCCAUCAGGGACCGAGCUCUCGGGCAGCACGGCUGGCUCCCCGGCUGGCUCGUCGUCCACGCCCACCUCGUCGUCUCGCCAGUACGCCCGUCAGCGCAUCACCCGCGUCAACCUCAGGGACUUCAUCUUCUACAUGGAGCAGGAGCGAGACACGGCCCAUUCGCUGCUGCUGUAUCGCGCCCUCCUCAAGUAGCCUCCUCUUCCUCCUCUAGCCACGUGCCUUCAGAUCAGGUGUCAGCUCAGUGUCUCAAUACGUGCGCUCGUCAUCAGCCAGCUUCCAUCUACAUUUUGAUCAGAAAACAGUAGGGGGAAAUGUCACAAAAAAUUCAUUGAUUGUGUCUUUGCUGUCUUGCUUUUCAUGUUGCGUAGCGAUGUUUGGGGGCCACCAUUUCUUUUUGGGUUUUUUUCAAACGUUUUAACAGCCAAUCAAAUCCAAAUAAGACUUGCUAUUUAUUGAACACGUGUCAAUAAAGGAGAUUUCUACGCCACGUUUCAGUAUUUCCCUCGCCAUAUGUAAAUAGGUCUCUUCAAUUCAUUUUGUUUUUUUUCAAUUCACACAGCAACAAAAUAAAUGAACAGUGCGUUUUAUGUAAGUUAAUAAUUUGCGUUUCAGAUCAGUUUUACGAAGGUGUAGUAGGGCCACACUGACGAAAUUGUUUUUUCCACUGACAGGUGUAAUGUUACAGGAAUAAAAUAUGUCUUUUAUUCGAGAUUAGUACAGUUUCUCACAAAAGUGGGUACAGCGACUACACUAUUGAGAUUUUUGUGGAUAUUUCGAUAUAUUUCUUCAUGUGAAAACACUGCAGAAAUGACACUUUGCCCUAAUUUAGUCAGUGUACAGCCUGCAUAACAGAGUAAAUCUACUGUCCCCCUCUAUAUGACCCAGCACACAGCCAUUGAAGUCUAAACCGCUGGCAACAGAAGUGACUACAUCCAUAAUGAAAUGUCUAAAUCAGGCCCAAAGUGUCAAUCAUUUUUAUGUCCAUCAUCAUGGCAUAGGAGUCCUUUUCCGCUCCUCCAUGAUGACAUGAUGGAGCUGGUGGAUGUUCGACACAUUGUGCUCCACCUUCUAUUUGAGGACGCGCCACAGGUGCCACAUUGAACUUCCAGUCCAGUGAACAGUGAGAGUGUGAGAGGGAUAAAACCAACUUUAACACACUUGCUACCCAUUCACACGUAAAACCUUGUGACACUGAGGAGUCACAUGACACUUGGGAGCUGAAAUUGAUAAUUGGGCCAAACUAGCCCAUUUUCACUUAGGGGUCUACUCACUUUUGUUGCCAGCAGUUUAGAAAACAAUGAGCUGUGUGUCGAAGUGUUCGCAAAACACUAUGAGGGGCGUACUCACUUUUGUGAGAUUCAGGAUGUCAUGUUACAAGGAUAAAGUUGAAUUGCAUUUUUUCCACAAAAGUGGAAGAAAAAACACUUUUGUUUUUUGGUAACAUUAAAAAGUCUCAAAAAUAAUGACCCUUUUUGCUUAAAAAUGUCGUACUUUUUGUCCGUAAAAUAAUUAUUUUUUCCUUGUGACUUUGUGACUUUUUUCUAAAAUAAAAAGCCUUUCUUUUUUACAGUCAUUUACUUUGUUUUGAUUGUUGUAAUAUUUAAACCUUUUUUAAAAAAGUUUUGCAAACGAUACAUUUCUCGCGUAAAGAAAUGACGUCACGGAAACUGAGUUUGUUUUCCUCAUAUAUAAAUAAAAUAUUUUCUUUCAUAAUGUUACUUUAAUGUAAAAACAAUUUCUGAAAAUAAUUCUGUGUUUUUACAGGACAGGACUUUAUUUUCGUAACAUUACAACUGUAUUUUAUAAUUUUUUUCCAAUUCAUUUCAGUGGCCUCAAUACAUGUUCAUACACUUUUAUUGUGUUCACCUGUUUACGUUUGCUACGAGACAGACUAGUUGCCGUAGUUACAAGUUCAGCCCACACACUUUAUUUUUAUGACUGCAGACGUGGUGUGUGCAAAUGUUCGGAGAAAAAGGAAUCUUUUAAGCCCAUCGAGUGUUUUUAGUGCACAUGAGUCAACUCACACGCAGUGAAGACAGAGUGAGGCGUUCAGGCUUGUUGUUACUCGUCACGUGACAUUGUUAAAGAUUUUAUAAAUGUAUAAUCGCUAAAUCAUUCACGUUUAUUGUACGUAUUUUUGUUUGUUUUCACGACUGAUCAUUUAAAUGUAAUAUCUUGGCCUAUGCAGCUUUUCUCUUUAGAUUAAUUGAAAUAUUUCAAACCGUUGGUUGCGCUUUGUUGUGAGUUUUGACAGCACUUUUAUUGUAUUAAUUUUUUUAUGAAGUCCCUGUUUUAGCUGGCAACUUAAAGCUGUCUGUUUGAUAUUGCUAGGAAAUGUAAACCUUUAAACAGUAUUGACACUUUCCCUCAAAAGUCAUGCCUUGUAAUAUAUUUUCAUUUUUACAUUGUUGUUUUUUUAUCAGUUGGGUUUGAUGCACAUUUUCCUAUAUUUUCUGUUCUUUAACAAGCACAACAGCAUCGAUCUUGACUGAUUUUUUGAUAACAACAACCUUGUUUGUUCUUGGCAUUUUUACUGCUUGCAGCUUUAUAGCCAAAAUCUUCGGACAAUAUUAAAAGGAAGAAAAAAAAAGGAAAAAGGAACACUUUCACCGUAAGGAUACUUUGUAAAUACUGUUUACAAGACCUAUGUGUUUAUUAGAACCACUGUUAUUUUUGGUAAACUCUUGUACAUAUCUUGGAAUUUUCCUGUUUGUGUGAAAUGAAAAAAAAGACAAACAAUACUGAUGUAUUUGUACCUAUUUUAUAAACAA